CAUGUCUGCCCUGCCCAAGGCUGCGCUCUACUACAGCCCCAAUUCGAUCUGGGCCUCUGUUCCUCUCCUUGCAUUAGAGGAGAAGGGGUACGGUGCCGAUGAGGUCGACCUCAAAGUAGUCGACAUCUCCAAAGGCGAGAAUUUCGAACCCACCUACCUACGUCUCAACCCGGGCGGCACCGUACCUACGCUCGUAGUCCCUCUGCAGAAGACUUUAUCCCCGGAGAUCGAGUCUCGAUACAAGGCUAUCCAGGACACCAAGUCGAUCGUAGAGUUCCUCGACAAAUCGCGUUCCGCGCAGUCACGCACCCAUACUACGUCUACAGCGCCUUCCCCUUCUUUGGCUCCGGCUACUAUCGCCUUCAACGCAGCAUCUCAUGAAAUCGUCGACCUUCUUCACAGUCAGGCAGCUGACCCCAAUGCGCUUUUCUACAUGAACGCCCGCUCCGAGACCGAGCUCAAAGCCCUUGCCACAAAGCUUAUCCCGUUCCUUGUUGGCCGGCGUGACGCCCUCGCCAGGCUUCUCACCGAGAGCGAUGCUGGCAACAUCUCAGCAUCUGACAAGACAAGGAGCUUUUGGCAGGUGAAGAAGAUUGCUACCGACAAGUUCCUGCAGGUCUUCGAGGAAGCGGAGAAGAGCGAAGGGGAGCUAUCGGACGACGCGCGUCAGCGGCGCGAAGAGUAUUUGAAGUCGUCGCACGCCGCCUGGACUGCGCUGAAGGACGUACUCAUCACGCUGAACAAAGAAAUCAUCGGACCGUAUGCUCUUGGCGAUCAAUUGUCCAUAGCCGACCUCCACCUGGCGGCCUGGCUUUCCCGCAUCGCCUCCCUCUCUGGCGCGACGCCUGCGGAGGACGGCACGAGCGUCCUUGGGAAAAUCGAAGCUCAUGUCGGAGAUGAAUUCACGUUGCCCAAGGAGUUCUCUGUCGUCGAGGCGCGCAGACGAGCGGGACUCGUCGCCGGGAACAUCGAGCCCUCUGAACGACAGAACAAGCUCGCCGCGUUCUGGGACGCGAUCAAGGAGCGGCCGAGCUGGAAGAAGGUGUACGGUGCGGGCUUGCACUGAUCGCUGCCGCCGGAGCGCGGGGUGGCUUUCUUGGCUAAUGGGCGACAUUUGCAUUUGCCAAUUGUGGGGGUGUGGAAGAAGCGCGAUGAAAUACCCAAACGUUUGGGAUCAAAGUUGUAACAGUACUCAUGAUGAGGACAAUACUUCCGUCGACGCUUUCACAGCUGUUGUGCUUGUCGCAUUACUGCAAGGCGUGAUAGUUGUUGAUCAACUAGGGCGGCCGUUGG